AAUUAUUGCUGGCCAUGUUCUACCUUCACUUAGCUAAAGCAAUUGAUGAAUAUGCCAGUCUCAAGUCAAAGGUGGCAGAGUCAAAUGAUGAAAACAAAAUGGACCCUCAGUUGGAGGCAAUCGUUGAGAGAAUGUUGGAUAAAGUUCUGCCCUACAGAAAACCAGAGACAGGCUUUGUUACUGUGACCUUCCUAAAUAUAUGGGCCUUCCAGCUCAGAGUUCAAUGGGGGGGAGCACCUGCAGUCAAGGGUGUGCGAGAUGCUGCUGUAGAGUUACUGCCUACACUGGUAGCUGUGAAUGCAGAGGGAGCAUCCUUCUUCCUGCCUGGUUGGUUGAUUCUGCCAUCAUCCUUCUUCCAGCCUGCAUCAGCCCUGCUGACAUCAAUGUUGAGGAAACUCUGAACACUCUCAAAUAUGCUAAUCGUGCUCGAAACAUUCAGAAUAAUCCUGUUGGUAACAGAGAUUUGAUGUCGAAUGAGAUGCAAAAUAUGCGGCAGCAGCUAGAGUACUUGCAGGCUGAACUUAAUAAGGAGCUUUCUCGAGAACUACAUGAAUACCACAGCAGACGUGCUGUUGUAGAGCCGAGAGAAACAGAUGCUGAAGAUGGCUCCUGUUUUGUUAAAAGGGAUGGGCUAAAGAAGGGCUUACAGAGCAUGGAUGCAUCUGGUUAUCCCAUGGGUGAAGCCAUGACAGGUGAAAAUUACAUGGAAAUUGAUGAAGCUGUAGCAAAAGAGUGGGAGCAUGCACUCCUGCGAACAACGAUGGGCAAAGAGUUGAAUGAGCUAAACAAGCGUUUGGAGCAGAAAGAGUCAGAAAUGAAACAUUUUGGAGGGUCUGACACUGAAGCACUUAGUCAGCACUUUGAGAAGAGAAUCUUGAAACUCGAGGAAGAGAAGAAAACAGUCCAGCAAGAGAGGGACCGUUUGCUAGCUAAAAUUGAAAACCUUGCUGCUGCUUCUGAUGGACAAAAGCAGAAAAUGCACAAAGCUUAUGCACAUAAAUUAAAAUCACUUGAGACACAGAUUUUAGAUCUUAAGAAGAAACAAGAUUGUCAGCUUCAGCUUUUAAAGCAAAAACAAAGAAGUGAUGAAGCAGCAAAGCGGCUUCAAGAUGAGAUAAAGACCAUCAAGGUUCAAUUGCAGCAUAAGAUAAAACACGAGGCAGAGCAAUUUCGACAAUGGAAGGCCUCUCAUGAGAAGGAAUUGCCUCAGCUAAGGAAGGAAGGCAGAAGAAAUCAAUAUGAGCAACAUAAACUUCAAGCUUUAAAUCAGCACCAGAAAAUGCUAAAACUACCCUAUCAAAUUGUGGCUAUUGUUUCCGGUGCUUUGAAUGAUGCAGCUGCAAAGAAGUAUGAUUUGGAAGGAUGGUUUCCUGCAUCCAGCACUUACAGAGAACUUGUUUCCUGUUCAAAUUGCACUGACUAUCAGUCCAGGAGAUUAGAGAUUCGAUAUGGGUAGAAAAAUGGUAGACUAGUAGUUAUAUUUUUGGAUACACUAGUAGUUAUAUUUUUGGAUGGGUGUGUAUAGAAAAUAUUUGGUAGACUACUAGUUAUAUUUUUCGGUUGAUGUAC